AUGGACACAGGUUCAUGUGUUGUGGCGAGAUUACCGACCGGUAUUGCUGGCCCGCCAAGGUUGACGACCAAUUCUGAAGUCGCAACGAUGACAUACUUACAGUCCAAGAUCUCGCUUCCAAUACCGAAAAUCCUGGACUGGAACGAUAAUCCGUCAAACCCCAUCGGCACAGAAUAUAUCUUCCAGGAGCACGUUGCUGGUGUUCAGCUACACCAAAUGUAG